CUUCGCCAGUGGAUUUCCUGUCCACAACCAUGACCGAGCAAGACACCGUGGUUGAACAGCCGCUCGAUAUCAAUUCGUCUUUAUUGACGAAAAAGAAAAAAUCUAAAAAGUCUGUGGCUUUCGACGAUGAAGUUGAAGCUUUGACGGAGAAGAAGAGCUCUAAGGGCCAGGAAGACGGCGAUGCUGCCAAGAGUGAAGCUGCUGCUGCUGCCACGGAACCCGUCACGGAGGCCGAGGUCGAUGAAUUGAAGGAUAUGUUUGCUAGCAUGAAGAAGAAGAAGAAGUCCAAGAAGAGUUCUUCCUCUUCGUCUGAGAGCAGCUCUAAGGCCACUGAGGAUGGUGAGCUUGACUUCUCUUCGAUGAAGAAGAAAAAGAAGAAGAAGAAGAGCGCCGAUUUGUCUGCUUUUGAGAAGGAGUUGGAAGCUUCUUCCUCGAAGGAAUCUGGUGUUAAGAACCAAGUGUUUGACGAGGAAACUAUGGGUGAACACGAGUGGAUUAAAAGCGACCGUGACUACUACUACCCCGAGUUGUUGAACCGUUUCUUCACAUUGUUGCGUCAAAACAAUCCCGAGCUUGCUGGUGAGAAGCGGAAGUACACGAUUGUUCCUCCCUCCGUUCACCGUGAAGGUAAUAAAAAGACUAUUUUCGCCAACAUCAACGACAUCUCCAAGCGUAUGCACCGGUCUUUGGAACAUGUUAUUCAAUUCUUGUUCGCUGAGUUGGGUACCAGUGGCAGUGUUGACGGUUCCUCUCGCCUUAUUAUUAAGGGUCGUUUCCAGCAAAAGCAAAUUGAGAACGUUCUUCGUCGUUAUAUUGUGGAAUAUGUUACUUGCAAGACUUGUAAGUCGCCUGAUACCAUCCUGACGAAGGAAAACAGAAUCUAUUUCAUGACUUGCGAGGCUUGUGGUUCUACUCGUUCUGUCCAAGCUAUUAAGACUGGUUACCAAGCCCAAAUUGGAAAGAGAAGACAUAUGGCUUAGAGGGGUUAUGUGCUAUAUAGUUUAUCUAC